CUUGCCCCUUCGGUCCAUCGCCCGUCUUCUUGACUUCCUGCUGCUGCCUUUACCUUGUGGCGGUCGAGCUUCUCCGCUCUCGUUUCCAGACGAUCGGAAGCCAACCAGAGAGGGAAGAUGAACGACGCCGAUGUCUCCAAGCAGAUAGAGCAGAUGGUGCGGUUUAUCCUCCAGGAGGCGGAGGAGAAGGCCAACGAGAUCUCCAUCUCCGCUGAAGAGGAAUUUAACAUUGAGAAAUUACAACUUGUUGAAGCUGAAAAGAAGAAGAUCAGACAAGAAUAUGAACGUAAAGAGAAGCAAGUUGAAAUUCGGAAGAAAAUUGAAUAUUCAAUGCAACUUAAUGCUUCUCGUAUCAAAGUUCUUCAAUCUCAAGAUGAUUUAGUCAGCUCCAUGAAAGAGGCUGCUGCAAAGGAGCUCCUGGGUGUCAGCCAUCAUCACAUAUCGAAUGUUAUCCAUCAUGAUCAUUCAUAUAAACACCUAUUGAAGGAUCUCAUUGUUCAGAGCUUGCUCAGAUUGAAAGAACCAGCUGUUUUGUUGCGUUGUCGGAAAGAAGAUCAUCAUCUUGUGGAGUCAGUUUUGGAGUCAGCAAAAGAAGAAUAUGCAUCUAAAGAAAGUGUUCACCCACCAAAUAUUGUUGUAGAUGCCAAUGUCUACUUACCACCUGCCCCUAGUCACCAUAACGCUCAUGGUCUCCAUUGCUCUGGUGGUGUUGCCUUGGCUUCUAUAGAUGGAAAGAUUGUCUGUGAAAAUACACUUGAUGCAAGACUGGAAGUUGCUUUCCGCAAGAAAUUGCCUGAGAUAAGGAAGUGUCUCUACGGACAGGCUGCUGCGUAAUUUACACUCGCAUCGGCUUAUGAUAGAUGACUUCUCCAUCGUUGUCUAAAAUAAUGAUCUCCGUCUGGAAUAUAACACUCUUUGAAUGUCUUAUCUGAGCAGAUGAUUAUGAAAUCUGUCUCGUAAUAUUUCUUACCGUGACUGAGCCGGCAAUUACUGGAGUUUCUUUGUUGUGAUUUACUGAGUCAUCAAAUUCCCCUGGAAAGAUGAAAUAAACAAGUUGUUAGUUCAUUCAUACGUUUGCAGUUUAAAGCAUCUGUGUCAUUGUAUAAUUGAUCAUUGUAUGGUAUUCCAGCUAUUUAUGUUUGGCAUAAGAGAAAUAAGAAAAAAAGUUUAAGUA